GAAAUUGAGAAAGCAUGGAAGAUGGUUGAUGCGGCCCAUGAGAAGGAAACUCGUGCACGUGAAACAAUUCAAUCACUGAAGCUUGAGAUUGCCAACCUUAGCAAAUUGGUGGAACAAGGUGCUGGUCUGACUAUGGGUCAAGAACAUAGUGUAAAUGAAUUACUGAAGAUAAAGGAAGAUCUUACAAAGGAAAGAGAUGAGAGUCUUCAAGAAAUUGUCAAGUUACGUGAACAACUUGCUCAGUCUAACUCCACCCAGCAACAUCUUGAGGAGCAGAAAAAUGAAGCAGAGGAAAAAAUACAAGAGCUGACACAAGACAUCCAGAUGCGUAACAAUGAGGCCCAGCGUGAGGCACGUAAACGUGACAAGAUGGAGCGUGAGAUGAAGCAGACCAAGGCCGACCUAGAUGCCAAGUCUUCUGAAAUCAAGACCAUGCAGACACAAAUACAGAGGCAUAAGGAAGAUAUCAACAAACUAGAGCAACAACUCCGCGAGCAAAGGAUCUUGAAUGAGAGAGCCAUAAAGGAUGCUGACAUCUUAAACACAAGGUUCCAGAAACUACAAGGUGACUUUGAACACCAGUUGAUCUCUACAGAUACACUGGCACAGGAAAACCAGGCCAGAGUCUCUGAGCUUAAGGUGAAAGAAGAUGAAGUGAGUCAGCUCAAGAGCGAGACUCAGCGUCUCAACAAAACAAGGGAGACAAUUCAGCGUAAACUGCGACAGGUUGAGGAUAGCAAAGCUGAACUGGAGUUCCAGCGUGAAACCUAUAAAGGACAGAUUCUGGGUCUUGAAAGAGAGCUUGAAGCAUCCAAGAAACAGGCCGAGGCAGACAAGAAGCAGAUAGAUGGCCUCGUUCGUGAACGUGAUCUGUUACACAAGGAAAUGUUGAAGGCCGUGAGUGCCACAACGAAGCAGUUAAGUCUUGUGAAGUUACAUGAACAGAGUAAGAAGAAUCUGGAACAGGAGAUACAGAAUUACAAGGAGGAGGCUCAGAAACAGAGGAAGAUUAUCUACCAACUUGAGAAAGAAAGAGAUAGAUAUAUCAAUGAAGCUAGUGAUCUCACUCAGAAGGUUCUUCAACACAUGGAGGAUGUUAAGGUGAGAGAGAUGCAGAUUUUUGACUUCAAGAAGAAGAUUGCCGAGUCAGAGACUAAAUUGAAGCAACAGCAAAACUUGUACGAGGCUGUGAGAAGCGAUCGUAAUCUCUACAGUAAAAACUUGAUUGAAUCACAGGAUGAGAUCACGGAGAUGAAGAGGAAAUUGAAGAUCAUGAAUCAUCAGAUAGAUCAGUUGAAGGAGGAGAUUCAGGCCAAGGAGGCGGCCCUUGUAAAGGAACACCUUGAACAUCAAAGGGUGGAGAAAGAGAAAGAAACUCUGAAGGCGGAGCUACAAAAAAUGAAACAAUUAGCUGCUGAGAACAAAGCUUACAUUGAGGCGCAGGAAGCUGAAGAGAGAAAAUUACUGAAGAUUAUCUCCGAGGCCGAUGCUGAACGUGUGAGACAGAAGAAAGAACUUGAUCAGGUGAUAAGUGAGCGUGACAUUCUCGGUACCCAGCUUGUACGUAGAAAUGACGAGUUAGCUCUCCUGUACGAGAAGAUAAAAAUACAGCAGUCAACGCUAAACAAAGGAGAAAUCCAGUACAAUCAGAGACUUGAAGAUAUCCGGGUGCUUAAACUAGAAAUCAAGAAACUCCGUAGAGAGAAGGGUAUCCUUCAGAAGAGUGUAGCUAAUGUGGAGGAUCUUAGACGAGAAGUUUACCAUAUCCAGAGGGAACUUCUAAGAGAGAGAACAAGAUGUAAGGCCCUUGAAGAAGAACUUGAGAACCCCAUGAAUAUUCACAGAUGGAGAAAACUGGAGGGUAGUGAUCCGAGCCAGUUUGAGAACAUUCAGAAGAUUCACACCCUUCAGAAGAGACUUAUUUCCAAGACAGAGGAGGUUGUAGAGAAAGAAUUAUUGAUCCAAGAGAAGGAGAAACUGUAUCUUGAGCUCAAACACAUCCUGGCGCGCCAACCAGGUCCAGAAGUCGCUGAACAACUUUCAAUAUAUCAACAAACAUUGAAAGAGAAAACUAAACAAAUGAAGUCAAUGGCCUCCGAGUUGAACAUGUACGAGUCGCAGGUGAACGAGUAUAAAUAUGAGAUAGAGAGAAUAGCUAGAGAAUUACAAGAAGUGAAGAAGAAAUAUUUCAUGCAGAAAAAGAAAGAACAACAAACAAAGGAGCGGGAGAGGGCGUUAGUGCAGGCUGGGGCCCCAGUAAUCCAGCCGCAGAGAACAGAUGGCCCGAGAUUCACCGGUGGAGGAUUCAACUUGAAGACACAAAAAACAGCAGCAUAACAUCAUUAUGACAAUAUAAAUACAGAUUAAUUUGAUACCAGUUGACAAUUUCAUGGAUUUUCUGUUAUAGAUUUGUUCCUAAAUUUAAGAUUUGAUAAUAAAGAUUAAUGAAUGAUAUUUGUUAUAUGAAUUAUAGUAUAUAAUACAUGUAUCUACUUGUAUAAAGAUAAAAAUUAA